UCGCCCUCAUCGCACGUGAACCACAGAGGUACGGUGUCUUUUUCCUCCAUUAAAAGUGCGACAAGAGGAGAGGAAAGAGGGACAUGAGCGAAAGAUUCGUGGUAGUCCCGGUUGACGGAGGAGUCGGGGUCGCCGAGGAGGGGGAGCACUCGGACGCGGUUGUCGCUGACCCGGCUCCGGACACCGGCGGCAGCAGCAGCAGCAGCGGCAGCGCCGGUGGAGCAGCGGAGGAGAAAGAGGCGGGGGAGGACUCCGUGUUCGAGCAGCAGGACACCAGCGCUGUAGUGCCUAUCCUGGAGUACAACAGGGAGCCCAACAAAUACGGUGAUGGCGUCCCAAAGGAAAACAGUCCCUUUAUCAACAACACGGACAAUGACAAAGGGAACAGCUACGAUGGCACCAACAUGGCCCUUUUUGAGGAGGAGAUGGACAGCAACCCCAUGGUGUCAUCUCUCCUCAAUAAACUGGCAAACUACACCAAUCUCACCCAGGGGGCCCAAGAGCAUGAGGAGGCAGAGGAUGAUGAGGGGCCCAAGAAGAAAGCUGUUAAGAGCCCUCAGAUGGGGACCUUCAUGGGUGUCUACCUCCCCUGCCUGCAGAAUAUUCUGGGGGUCAUCCUCUUUCUGCGUCUCACCUGGAUUGUCGGCACUGCCGGCAUCUUGGAGUCCCUGGCUAUUGUCGGCUUGUGCUGCUCUUGUACCAUGCUGACAGCCAUAUCCAUGAGUGCAAUCGCUACUAAUGGUGUUGUGCCAGCUGGAGGAUCCUACUAUAUGAUUUCCAGAUCUCUUGGCCCAGAGUUUGGUGGAGCUGUAGGACUCUGCUUCUACCUGGGCACAACCUUUGCUGGCUCCAUGUACAUCCUGGGUACUAUAGAGAUUCUUCUGACCUACAUCGUGCCUAAAGCAGCCAUCUUUGUGGCGGAGAAAAAGGAGGAUGAGGCAGAUGCCCUGCUAAAUAACAUGCGUGUUUAUGGCACGUGCUGCCUAGCACUGAUGGCCGUGGUCGUCUUUGUGGGGGUGAAAUAUGUCAACAAGCUGGCAUUAGUCUUCCUGGCCUGUGUCAUUCUCUCUAUCCUCGCCAUCUAUGCUGGAGUCAUCAAGACCAUCUUUGAGCCGCCAGAUUUUCCCGUUUGCAUGUUAGGGAAUCGCACUCUGCAGAACCACAACUUUGACCGUUGUCUUAAGACGGAGGUUAUAGACAACGUGACGGUCACUACCAAGCUGUGGAGGCUGUUCUGUGAUGGACCUGAGAUCAAUGCCACCUGCAAUGAGUAUUUUGUCAACAACAAUGUGACCAGCGUGCAGGGCAUCCCCGGACUGACCAGCGGAGUCAUCUCAGAAAAUAUGUGGUCAGAGUAUGGCCCUCUUGCUAUGUUGGUAGAAAACAAGAAGUUGAUAGCUGUUGGAGGAAGUGACUCUGCCCAGGACAUCUACAUGCCCUAUGUAGUCAAUGAUAUCACCACCUUCUUCACUCUGCUGGUUGGCAUCUACUUCCCAUCUGUCACAGGUAUCAUGGCUGGCUCAAACCGGUCAGGUGACUUGAGGGAUGCCCAGAAGUCCAUCCCCAUUGGGACCAUCCUGGCUAUUGCUACCACCUCCAUCAUCUACAUCACCUGUGUGGUGCUAUUCGGUGCUUGCAUUGAGGGAGUUCUGCUACGAGACAAAUUUGGUGACUCAGUGAAAGGGAACCUUGUUAUCGGCACGCUAUCCUGGCCCUCACCCUGGGUUAUUGUGAUCGGCUCGUUCUUCUCCUGCUGUGGGGCUGGGCUUCAGAGUUUGACUGGCGCCCCACGCCUGCUGCAGGCCAUCGCACGAGAUGGCAUUGUACCUUUCUUACAGGUGUUUGGUCAUGGGAAAGCUAACGGAGAACCUACCUGGGCUCUGCUGUUGACUGCUGGGAUCUGUGAGAUCGGAAUCCUCAUCGCCUCCCUCGACGCUGUGGCUCCUAUUCUCUCCAUGUUUUUCCUCAUGUGCUACCUGUUUGUCAAUCUGGCUUGUGCGGUUCAGACCCUGCUGCGUACGCCUAAUUGGAGACCACGCUUCAAAUACUACCACUGGGCACUGUCCUUCCUGGGAAUGAGCUUGUGUCUUGCUCUCAUGUUCAUCUCCUCCUGGUAUUAUGCUAUUGUGGCCAUGGCCAUCGCUAGCUGUAUCUACAAAUACAUCGAAUACAGAGGGGCAGAGAAGGAGUGGGGAGACGGCAUCCGGGGCCUGUCUCUCAAUGCAGCACGCUAUGCCCUCAUUCGCCUUGAGGAGGCUCCACCACACACUAAGAACUGGAGGCCUCAGCUGUUGGUGCUCCUGAACCUGGACUCGGAUCAAGGAGUCAAACACCCUCGUCUGCUGUCCCUCACCACACAGCUGAAGGCAGGGAAAGGCUUGACGAUAGUGGGAAAUGUCUUAGAGGGAACCUAUCUCACUAAAGAGGCAGAAGCCAAGAAGGCUGAGCAGAACAUCAAGUCAUCCAUGUCAACAGAGCGAACAAAAGGCUUUUGCCACGUUGUGGUGUCAUCAAACCUUAGAGAUGGCUUCUCCCACCUCAUCCAGUCUGCCGGGCUGGGAGGCAUGAAGCACAACACAGUCCUAAUGGCCUGGCCCGGGACCUGGAGGCAGUCCAAUGACUCGCAGUCAUGGAAGAAUUUCAUAGAGACGGUGCGGGAGACCACAGCAGCCCAUCAGGCCUUGCUUGUGGCCAAGAAUGUGGACAGUUUCCCCACUAAUCAGGACCGCCUGGGGGAGGGCACCAUCGAUGUGUGGUGGGUGGUUCACGACGGAGGCAUGCUGAUGCUGCUGCCCUUCCUGCUGCGACAGCACAAGGUAUGGAGAAAGUGUAAGAUGCGUAUCUUCACUGUGGCCCAGAUGGAUGACAACAGCAUCCAAAUGAAGAAGGAUCUCCAGAUGUUCCUUUACCACCUGCGACUGGAUGCAGAGGUAGAAGUGGUAGAGAUGCAUGAUAACGACAUCUCAGCCUUCACCUAUGAGAAGACACUGAUGAUGGAGCAGAGGUCUCAGAUGCUGAAACAGAUGCAACUUUCCAGGACUGAGAGGGAGAGAGAGAUUCAGAGUAUCACUGAUGAAUCGCGUAGCUCAAUCCGGAGGAAGAACCAGGGCGCUGCCCAGAGCACGAACCUCAGCCAGCAGUCCUCACUGAUGGAGGACACUCAGGAGGAUGAGGCCCAGCUCAUCCAUGACAGAAACACAGCGUCUCACGCCACGAUAAAUGACAAGGCCGAAAGUGGGCCCGAGCGGGUUCACAUGACCUGGACUAAGGACAAGCUCUUCACAGAGCGUAAUCGUAACCGCGAGUGCAACGCCAACGUGGCUGUGCGUGACCUGUUUAACAUGAAACCAGAGUGGGAGAGUCUGAACCAGUCAAACGUUCGUCGGAUGCACACAGCUAUCAAGCUGAAUGAGGUGGUGGUCAACAAGUCGCAGGGAGCUCACCUGGUUCUGCUCAACAUGCCCGGACCACCGAAGAACAGAGGAGGAGACGAGAACUACAUGGAGUUCCUGGAGGUUCUCCUCGAGGGUCUGAACCGGGUCCUCCUGGUGCGGGGCGGUGGCCGUGAAGUCAUCACCAUCUAUUCUUAAAAAAAAAACCUCUCACGCCCCACCCUGCACACAAGGGC